UCCCAGCAGUGCUAGGGGAUCAUGUUGUGCUGGAGGGAUGGAAACUGGGCCUCUGUAGAAACAUCAUGAGCCCAAUUAAUUGAACUGUCUUCCUGGCCCCCAACAGAACUCUAUGGAGCCCAGUCCUGACAGGCUGCCCAGAUGCAAAGCCCUCACAAUCCCAUGGAGCCAACAGCCUCUUGUCCAGCAGCUGCAGCCAUGGUGGAUAGACAGGUCCAUGUUCUUGUGGGCGUCACUGGGAGUGUGGCAGCCCUAAAAUUGCCUCUUCUGGUGUCAAGGCUUUUGGACAUUCCUGGCCUGGAAGUAGCUGUGGUCACAACUGAGAGAGCCAAACAUUUCUACAGCGCCCAUGAUGUCCCUGUCACCCUGUACAGCGAUGCUGACGAAUGGGAGAUGUGGAAGAACCGGGGGGACCCCGUCCUCCACAUUGACCUGCGGCGGUGGGCCGACCUCCUGCUGGUGGCACCCCUGGAUGCCAACACUUUAGGAAAGGUGGCCAGUGGCAUCUGUGACAACCUACUUACGUGUGUCAUCCGAGCAUGGGACCGCAACAAGCCCCUGCUCUUCUGCCCAGCCAUGAACACUGCCAUGUGGGAGCACCCCAUCACAGCCCAGCAGGUGGGCCAGCUUAAGGCCUUUGGCUACAUCGAGAUCCCCUGUGUGGCCAAGAAGCUGGUGUGUGGAGACCAAGGUCUGGGGGCUAUGGCAGAAGUGGACACCAUCGUGGAUAAAGUGAGAGAGACCCUCAGCACACACUGCAGCGUCUCUUAGAGCUGACGUGAAACUGCAGUCACUCAUGUCCCUCCAUGCCCUGCACUUUCAGGUCUGA